AUGUCUUUUUCACGUUUAUUUGUCUCAAAAGACCGUAAAAUAGACUUUGAGUUAACCAUCCUAAUUCAAGAUCUUGCUAAUGUACCUUUGGUCAGUGGAUUGUACUAUGUCAAAUGGAAGCUAAAGAAUGCAGCACACACCAGUGGUUCAACAGCGAGAGCGCCUAUCCGAGAUCACUGUAUAUUUUGGGGACAUCCCAUUAGCACAAUGGCCCAUCUCGUCAUCUCAAAGCAACACAUCCUAGGUCCUUGCGAGCUGCGACUGGAGGUAUAUCAAGAGUUGGGUGGCAGCAGAGACACCAUCCCCAUCGGAAGCCUCACCAUCAAUCUUUCCGAAUAUGCUAGCUCAGGGUUGACAACAAGACGAUAUCUACUCGAUGAGUGCAAGUUCAAUUCAACAAUCAAGCUAUCUAUCAAAGUAGACCAGAAAUCAGAUUCCUCGACAGAAUUUCAAAUCCCACCGUUAAAGAAACAACAAGUCUUUACAGAUAUACCUUCUAUGAUUACUGAAAGGCAAGAAAGAUCGGCUGUCUUUGAUGAGCGAUCAUUGCACUCGGCUCAUUUGAGCACUAGUAGCUACAGUAACAUGAACAAUAGCAACAGUUUACCAAAUGGUGGUAAUGGCAGCGGCGGCGGUGGUGGUGGUGGUGGUGGAGGAGGAGGAGGAGGAGGAGGCAAUGAUGCCGCAGUAUCCUCGUUGCGCCCACAAACACCUAUCCUCAGAAAGUCUCAAUCAGCCAUGUCUUUGCCUCAAUACUGUCGGCAAGUUACACCUUUCAGUGAUACAGAUGACCCCUCUCCCACAGAUCUGGUGGAGCAGCUAUUCAAAUCAAAACCGCCUGCUACCACAGUACCAAGUUCCAAGCUGUCGAUUUCAGUGGGUAAUGGGGGGUCUUCUAGUCCUGCUCAUCCAUCUCCAAAAUAG